CACACUCGUGCUCUCCCAUCCCUUACCCAUAGUCUACUUGCAAGCAAGAUGAGUGCGUUUGACAACCUCUCGUGCGAUUGUAUUGAUCGUGACGAGACCCUCGAUGAUCUCCAUUCCUUUGAGGACGAGCAGAUUGCUGCUGCUGUCUUCUUCAGCGGCACAGACUCGUCCUCCAACGAGGACACCCGUGAAAUUUACGGCGAUCACAAGAAUCUUGAAUGUCUCCUCCAAGCCAAGGCCUCCAAGAAGCGCAAGUUCGACGAGGAUGAGGAGUUUCAGUCCAGCGAGGAGGAGGAGGAGGAGGACAUCCCGCAUCGCCAUCAGGAGCUCAUCGACAUAAUCGAGAUUCCCAACGACCCUGUUGAUCAGGUUGAGCAGCUCAUGUCCAAGGUCUCUCUGAAAGUGAAUUGCUCUGGACCUCCCAACCUCCUUCUCAACAAUCUGAGCUCUGCGAUUUCCAAACGCAAGAACAGCAUCUAGAUCAUUAUUUUUUCUGUUGUACCUGUUUCAAUUAAACAUUUUUAUUCAUUCAA